AUGUCGGAUCUAUUGUAUGCAGUGGAAUAUGCAAGUACAGGAAAAUCAAAUUGUAAAGUAUGUAAACAAAGAAUAUACAAAGGAGCGGUUCGUUUUGCAAUCUUGCUACAAUCAGCAUUUUGUGACAAAAAAAUACAUUACUGGCAUCAUGAGGGAUGUUUUUUCAAGAAAAUAUUUUUAAAUGACGUUAGUGAAAUCGCAAAAUUUAACCUACUUUUGUACGAAGAUCAAGAGAGAAUAAAAAGAAAAAUUGAAAAUUUUGCGUUGUCACUCUCUGAAAGAAGCAAAGUUUCAAAAAGAACUUCAGAUGAUGCUUAUAUGCAUAUGAUUUCUACGUUCUCGAUAGAAUAUGCGAAAACGAGUAAUGCAACGUGUCGGCUAUGUGAUGUAAAAAUUAUUAGAAAUGAAAUCAGAAUCUCUAAGUGUCUUUAUGAUCCAAGAUAUCCAGAUAGUCUAAAGUGGUACCAUGUUCAAUGUUUUAUAGAUAAAGGAGAGGAUCUAAUGUUUAUUGCUAGGGGAGAGGAUAUACCUGGCUUUAAAAAUCUUAAAGAAGAUGAUCAAAAACUAAUAAAUAACGCAAUAAAGAACGCGGCACCUAUCAUUAAAAAAGUAAGAAUAAACUUAAAUAAUGAGUCAGAAAAGAAAACAAAUGAUGAAUUAUCAAAUAAAGUAGUUAAACAAAGUCAACUUUACGAUCAGUAUAGAAAGGACUUGGGUUCUUUGAAUAAUAAUGAACUUCAUAAAUUAUUGGUAGAAAACGGUCAGGAUAUACCUUCAAGUCGCAAAGAAUGUUUAGAUCGCUUAGCUGAUUAUAUGGCUUUUGGAGUGCCCAAGAAAUGUCCUGAAUGUGGUAGCCAAAUAAUCCUCAGUGAUUUUAAUUACAAAUGUUAUGGUUACACAGAUCCUUGGGCACCAUGUAAUUAUACAACACAAGACCCUGACAAAGAGGUAAUGAGAAUUCCCGAAACUCUUAAAGAUAAUUCAAUAUUUAAAGAAUUUAACAGCGUUAUUGCACAACGCUUCUUUAGGAGUCAGUCGGCAUUAUCAGCUGAAGUAGCUCUUAAUUCUCAUACUACUAGGAUCUUACGCGUCGUAUUCUACAAUUGGGAAGGUCUUGUAGUCAGGAAACUUACGGAAACUACUGCCGCUGUAGUAACUACUAAAGAAGAGUUAGAAAAAAAAUCAACCAUAAUACAAAAUAUUGAAAGUAAGAAAAUUGAGGUGAUAGAAGAAUCUUAUUUUGAUUUAAUUGACACUGAAAAUGCAACAGUUCUGGAUUCUCUUAAGCUUAUUAAAGAAAACAAUAUUGCUAAUUGGGGAUCAGAUCCAAUAAAAAGAAUCCCUCAAAAUAUUAUUGAAGGGAAAAAUGUUCCCAAGUCAGGUAGCAUGUACCACCGUACUGCAUCAGAACAAAAAGUUUCAAAAGUAAAAAUUAUGGGUGGUAUGGAAGUUGAUCCUCAAACCGGUUUGGAAGAGAAGGCCCGUAUUUAUAAAGAUACUGAAAACAAUUAUUCGGUAGUCUUAAGUAAUUCAGAUGCAGUUAAUAAUAAAAAUUCAUAUUAUAAGCUACAAUUGUUAGAAGCUAAGGAUAAUGAUAGUUAUUGGGUGUUCCGUGCUUGGGGAAGAAUUGGAACAUCAAUAGGUGGAAAAAAACUUGAAAUUUUUGCAAAUAUUGACGAUGCAAAGAAACAAUUUAUUUCAGUUUACACCCAGAAAACGAAAAAUCAGUGGGGAUCACAAAUUAAUUUUGUAAAAAAGCCGGGCGCUUACGUUCCUAUCGAAAUUAAUUACAAGGAUUUUAGACAAUCAUCUAUUCAAAUAAAUACCAAUUCAAGCAUCCCGAAAUCUGUGCAGUUACUAAUAAUGAAAAUAUUUGACACUGAAGUAAUGAAUAAAGUACUGUUAGAGUUUGAACUUGAUGUUACAAAAAUGCCAUUAGGUAAAUUGUCAAAAUCACAAAUUAAAUAUGGAUACGUUGUUCUAUCAGAACUACUUCAGGAGUUUGAUAAAGAUAGAGCUGACGAGAAAAAAAUAAUAGCAGCUACGAAUAAAUUUUAUAGUUUAGUGCCACAUAACUUUGGAACAGAUAAGCCUAAAUUAUUAGAUAAUCCCGAGAUUAUUAAAAGAAAGAUAGAAAUGUUAGAUAAUCUAUUAGAAAUUGAAAUUACAUACAAAUUGUUGGUAACACCUUCAGAAGACUCUUUAUGUUCAAUUGAAUCUUAUUAUCUUAAACUGAAAGCAGACAUUAGACCAUUAGACAAAACAUCAGCUGAUUUUAAACUUAUUGCCACCUACAUGAAAAAUACUCAUGCUCCAACGCAUACUUCUUAUAUUCUCGAAAUUGAAGAGCUUUUUAAAGUUUUUCGUGAUGGUGAAGAUGAACGUUAUAAAAAAUUCAAACAACUUGAUAAUAAGCGUCUACUUUGGCAUGGAUCUCGAAUCACAAAUCUUGCUGGAAUCCUUUCUCAGGGUCUUCGUAUAGCACCCCCGGAAGCACCGGCAACAGGUUACAUGUUUGGAAAAGGCGUGUACUUUGCAGAUAUGGUUUCGAAGUCUGCCAAUUACUGCUUUACAAAUAAAAACAAUCCUACUGGUUUUGUUUUAGUAUGUGAAGUGGCUCUUGGAGAAAUGAAAAAAUGCUACAGAGCACAAUGUAUAAGUGAGCUUCCAGCUGGAAAACAUUCAGUGUGGGGUGUAGGUCGAACUCAACCUAACCCUGCAGAAAACGUAGUUUUAGAUGACGGUAUUAUUGUACCCCUGGGCACACCAAUUAGUAAAAAAGUUCGCAGUUCUCUUCUUUAUAAUGAAUUUAUUGUUUACGACGUUGCACAAGUUCACGUAAAAUACUUAGUGCAAUUGAAUUUCAAAUUUAAAUAA